CUGCCAAAAAGCUUGUUGCUCAACCAAUGUCGUGUAUCAUGCCACUGCAAGUGACCUUCUAGGGGAAGUUUGCGAGGAGCCCCAAAUAUAUGCUAAUUCGGUUUUCUGUGCUCUUGGCGACACGUCAGCUACUCGAGGCUGAGUGUGUGGGAAACUCCGGUCCUGAAAAUAGGAGGAGACAGCAAAAAGGAGUACGGCUCUAUACAUUCAAGGGUUUUAUCGCAAAAUCUCGUUCCUGAAUCUCGUUCUCGUUCAACGAUCCCGCUUAUCUACCGGCCAUGCCCCAAAAGCGUCCACACCACAAAUCCCGAUACGGAUGUGACCGCUGUCGAAAGAGGCGCGUAAAGUGCGAUGAAAAGCUACCACAGUGCACGAAUUGCACCAAGCGCGGCGACGAAUGCUGCUUUUCCCGCCAACUAUUCCAGCAAUCCGACCUUCCUAACGCCACCGGUCCGCAGGCCGAAUCGCUCAAUGCAGCCUCUGUGGUACCUGCCGACGCGAUCGGAAUCUCGGAGGUGGCGCUCAUGCAUCACUGGUGUACGCGAACCUGUUACAGCUUUACGCCAAAAGGAGCGGAACUUUUUCGGGAGCACGUCGGUCAAGAAGCACUGCGGCACGACUAUCUCAUGGAAGCGCUCCUGGCAUUGACAUUGCUCCACAUGGCAAGCGAGAUGGAAGACGCCACGGCUGCCCGUCCCUUGGUCAGCGCCGCCCUCCAGUACCAGAAUCGGAGCGUCUCGGGCCUCCGUUCAAAUCUCAAUCACAUCUCACGCUCGAACUGCGACGCUGUCUUCACAUGCUCCGUUCUGAUCAUGGUGUGCGCCGUCGUAUCACCACUUCUACCCUCGGGGGGGGACGACCAACCUAAGCCGAUUGCAGAGUCUAUCCUAAUUUUAGCCGACUUUAUCAAUGCCAUUGCAUCUAUCGUCCAACUCAGUCGCCAUUGGAUCGUGCAGGGCCCGCUCUCUGGCGUCUUCGGCAUUGUCGAACCGAUGCCGUCAUCCAUGGACGAAUGGGCUGCAGCCACAGAGUUGCGCCGCCUGAUGGACACAGCUGUCUGCCCCAGUAGCUAUAAACAUGCCGUUUUGGAACGCGCAAUACAGGCGCUGGAAAAGGCCUUUAGGAGGGAGCACUGUGCCGUUGUGUGGGUGACUAGAGUCGACUCGGAGUUCAUGGAGGAGCUGCGAGGAGGUGAGCCGUUGGCGAUGAUGAUCUUUAUGCACUGGGGUGUGUUGCUGUAUAUCACUGAUGAUAUGUGGUGGAAACGGUAUUCAGGGUCGAGGCUUGUGGAUGAGCUUUCAGCUGUGCUCCUCGGACGCAGUGAAGAGUGGGACAAGAUUACAAUAUGGUGUCGGCAACAGGUUGAACUGUGUGAAUAGAGUCUUUCAUUCUUGCGGACUUUGUCGUCGAAGAUGUUGUCGAGACAGUAGGAGUCAAGGUAUGCACAUCUCAGCAACAGCAGUCUUUCUUCAUUUUCUAUAUUGGUUUUUGUCCUAUGUGCUUUAUUUAAUGCGCAUUAGGGGCGCGUACAGUAUUCAUGAUUUGCUCGUAGCUGAAGAGAUGUUGUAUUCUUGUAAUUUGUCUGUGCGCGUCUCCAUCCCACGUCCCAGUCGCCGCAUCAACUCCACUGCAUGUCAACAUGUCCAUUGGCGUUAAAGAAUGGAAAGAAUUAAAAGAGCAAUGAAGGAAUACAUUUGUGUAGGAAAUCAU